AUAGAAGCACCACAGUUGUCAAAAGCAGUGUGGGACUGUGUGUCUCAUUUUCAUAUUACGAAUGAUUUUUUUACGUUUAUAUGUAGAAAGGUUAUGAACUUUGUACAGGGAAUAUUAUCAAGAAAACGAUAAGUACAUUAUCGUUGAAGAAUGGCGCCUGAAAGAGCAGGUGGUGUUAAUGGAAAUCAAUUAAAAAAUGUACCGAAUAUUUCACCCAGUUUGCCAAAUACAUCAAUACCAUAUCCUUCAAAUAUACAGUCAGGAAAUCCUCCACCUCUUCCACCACGUCAACCAGUUCAAAAUUAUUCUGGGUUCAAUGAUUAUCAAAGACCAUUUGGAUCAAAUUAUGGUGGAUACGGUGGGUAUAGUGGAUAUGGUUAUGGUAAUCAGUACAGGGGAUAUGGAGGAUAUAAUUCGUAUGGUUUUAACUCGUAUUCUAAUUAUAAUAGUCCUGGGGUAUUUGGUGGGCACAGUGGUGAUGUUGAAAAUAGGUUUUUCCAAUAUGUCGAAGAUAGCACUAGGCCAACCUUUCAUUUAAUUGAAACAAUCCUUCAUACAUUUUCGUCGAUGACUAUGCUUUUGGAGUCUACAUAUUUUGCUUUAACAAAUUCAUUUAAAGCAAUAUUAAGUGUUGCAGAAAAUGUUAGGAAGUUACAUUCUACUUUAGGACAAUUAUUUAGUACUUUUGCUUUAAUUAGGUUUCUCAAAUGGUUAUAUAGAAAAAUCGUACGCAGUACUGGAUUUCAGGAUCGGGGCUCGAUUAACGAUGAAUUAUGGGAUAAAUCUUUAGCUAAAAUUGGAAAUGAAAAUGUUAAUGUUAAUAACUCUUCUUAUUGGUCUGGAUUUCUAAUAUUUAGUGUAUUUUUUGUAAUACCAUAUAUGAUUCAUAAGAUCACGAGUAAUAUUAAACAUAUGCAAAUAAAAGGAAAGGACCCAAAAGAAUGGCACCAAUAUGAAGAACCUGCAUAUAUUGCAACUGUUUUGUACGAUUUUGUUGCAAGAAAUAAUGACGAAUUAAGUAUUAAAGCUGGACAAAAACUUUGCCUUGCACCAAAGUCUUUGCAACCGAAAAAUGUACCAGGAUGGUGUAAAGCUACUGACAAUGUAAAUAUUGGUCUUGUUCCCUACAACUACGUUAAAGUUAUUGGACAAUUGAAAAAAGUGAAAAGAAAUAAUGACGUUACCGUUCUGAAUAAAGAUGAACCUUCUACAAAUGAAAAUAGUAGGGAUAGCAAAGAAAACUUGGAAGUUACAAAAAAUGAUGAAAACUCGCAGUAAAACAUGAAUGAUUAAAAUUUGAAACAAGAAAAUUGAAAUAUUUUACUUUACAUUUUUUAAAAUACUAAAAUUUAAAUGGAAUAUAAAAUGGUAUUUUCAAAAUAGAGAAAUUGCCUUAAAAUAAGUUCACGAGUAACAUACUUAACGAAAAUAUAAUUGAACUUCAUUUUCUACGAAGUUAUUCACGAUUUUCUAAUCUGCAUUUUAUUCUCGUAAAUUUUUUAAGAAAUUAAAAUUCGGAUUCUCAAAUAGCCAUAUUUUAAAAACUUAGAUCUAUCUGAAUUAAACCUGUAAAUAACAACAAUUUUAAGUUUUGAUUUUUUAAAUAAAACUACCUUUUUCCUUAUAAUAUAUGAUAUAAUAAAUGGGACUUAUUAUAUGCAAUAUUUAUAUUCAUACUGUAUACAUUAAUAACUAAUUUUAGUAGUCCUAUGUAUUUUAUCGUUGAAUUUAUACGUAGUUUUGUAUUUUAAAUGUUUGUAAUAAACUGGAGUUAAACAGG